AUGGAGCUGCCUUCUGUGAGUCCAAAGCUAUUUUGGACAUAUCUGCUCCAUGCAACGCUCUUCCUGUUUCUGAUCCAACGGUGCAGAUUUUCCAACGUCCCAGCCAACGAAACCGAUCGACUGGCUCUUCUCGCCUUCAAGGACCGAAUAACCAACGAUCCUCUCAACGCCAUGAGCUCGUGGAACUAUUCUUUUCAUUUCUGCAAUUGGCGCGGAAUCAGGUGCAGUCUCAGCGAUCAAAGGGUCACCGUCCUCAACCUAACGUCCCUCAAAUUGGAAGGUUCUAUUCCUCCCCAUGUAGGAAAUCUCACCUUCCUCAACGCAAUCCACCUUGGAGACAACAGCUUCCGCCGCGAAAUCCCACAAGAAAUAGGACACCUCGUCCGCCUUCAGUUUCUGAAUCUCAGUUACAAUUCGUUUGCAGGAAAAAUCCCAUCCAAUCUGACCUACUGUUCGGACCUCGAAGUUAUCGAUUUAAAUUUCAAUGAGCUCGUAGGUGAUAUUCCUGUCCAGCUUAGCUCUUUAUCGAAGCUCCGUCAGUUAUCUCUUUCUGUCAACCAUCUCUUCGGAAGCAUCCCACCUUGGCUAGGAAACCUUUCAUCUCUCACUCGUCUUUCUAUAAGAAGAAUUAAUUUACAGGGAACCAUCCCUGCUGAUUUAGGCCGCAUUCCAAAUUUAGGAUUCCUCCAGAUAGCUGAAAACAAUCUGUCCGGCACAAUCCCUUCAGCUAUUUACAAUCUCUCUGCACUAUUUAUGUUGUCGGUCGCAGCAAAUCGACUUCAUGGAAUCCUUCCGCCUGACUUAGGCUCACGUCUUCCUAAUCUCGAGGGUUUUUAUGUGUCGAGAAACUGGUUUACCGGACCCAUUCCUGUUUCGCUAGCCAAUGCUUCAUUCAUUAAAGAGCUCUAUCUCCCCAACAAUGAUUUCACUGGAGGGGUGCCUAUGAAUCUUGGCACUCUUCAAUAUCUUAAUAUACUCUUCAUUGGCGGUAAUAGGCUCGGAAUGGGGAAAGAAGAUGACUUGAAUUUCAUCAAUUACCUGCCCAACUGCAGCAACUUGGAACAAUUUGGAUUUGAUAACAACAGUUUCAAAGGCAUGUUGCCCAAUUCCAUAGCCAAUCUAUCGACCCGACUCAAUCAGCUGGUGAUAGGAUUCAACCACUUGUAUGGAAGCAUCCCUGAAGGAAUUGGGAAUCUUGUGAGCUUGACCCGAUUGAAUCUUGAUCAUAACAAUUUCACAAGUACGAUUCCUGUUAGUAUUGGAAAGCUUCAUAAGUUGCAAAUUUUAGACUUGUCAGGAAACAGAUUUUCUGGGCAAAUUCCAUCAUCCGUGGGCAACUUCACUGAGCUGAAUAAACUUCACUUGCAAGAAAAUAGCCUAUUGGGAAACAUACCUUCGAGUCUCGGAAAUUGCCAAAAACUGAUAGUUUUGAACCUUUCUCGAAAUAACCUUAAUGGUACAAUACCCAAACAGCUCCUUACAAUUUCGUCUCUGUCAAUCUCACUCAACUUAGCUAGAAAUUCUUUGAUCGGACCCCUGCCCUGGGAAGUGGGUAGCUUGAAAAAUCUUCAAGAACUAGAUGUUUCAGAGAACAAAAUGUCCGGCGAAAUUCCCGAAACACUAAGUAGUUGCCAGAGCUUGGAACGCUUGUAUAUGAAAGGUAACGCCUUUCAAGGGACCAUUCCUCAGUCUUUGAGCACAUUGAGAGGCCUUGGAGAGUUGGAUUUCUCGCGAAAUAAUUUGACUGGGGGAAUUCCAAAAUAUCUAGAGAGUUUCACUUCUUUGCACAAACUAAAUCUUUCUUUCAAUGAUUUUGAAGGCCAAGUGCCCAUCCAAGGGGUGUUUGAAAUUGCAAGUGAGAUUUCAAUCAUUGGAAACAAUAAACUCUGCGGUGGUAUCCCAAAACUAGACCUACCCAAAUGCUUUGUUCCAAGAUCCCAACGACGAAGGUCUUUAAGCGACAAAGUGAUCAUACCAGUCGUUGUUGCAUUGUGUUUGAUUUUAUUAUUGUUAUGUUUCGCUACUCUUUAUUGGAGAAGAAAAUCAAGAAAGAAGCAUUUACACACUCCUUCCACAGAAGACCGGUCCACAAACGUUUCUUAUGGGGAACUUCUCAAUGUAACUGAUGGGUUCUCUUCACACAAUUUGAUUGGUGUAGGAAGCUACGGUUCUGUUUAUAAAGGAAACUUCUUUUGGGAUGGUCUAAUUGUGGCGGUGAAAGUACUCAAUCUUCAAAGACAAGGAGCUUGUAGGAGCUUCCUCACAGAAUGUGAGGCAUUGAGAAAUGUCAGGCAUCGGAAUCUCGUCAAGGUCCUAGCAUCCUGGUCAAGCAUCGAUUAUAAGGGCGAUGAUUUCAAAGCGCUAGUUUUCGAAUACAUGCCGAAUGGAAGUUUAGAGGAGUGGUUGCACCCAGAUGUGGACGGGGAACAUCAACCAAGGACUUUGAACCUUAUUCAGAGAUUAAACAUAGCCAUUGAUGUGGCUAAUGCUCUGGAUUAUCUUCAUCACCAUUGCCAAACGCCUAUUGCUCACUGUGAUCUCAAGCCAAGUAAUGUUCUUCUUGACAAUGACAUGGUGGCGCAUGUGAGUGAUUUUGGCAUUGCAAGGUUCCUUUCUGAGGCUGUGGAUGAUCGCUUCACAGAUAAAACUAACUCCAUUGCAGUAAAGGGAUCCAUUGGGUAUGUUCCCCCAGAGUAUGGUAUGGGUGGCGAUAUUUCUACAUUGGGUGAUGUUUACAGUUAUGGAAUCCUCUUAUUGGAAAUGUUCACUGGUAAAACGCCAACGGAAGACAUGUUUAAGGAUGGUUUAAGCCUUCAUGAAUUUGUCAAGAUGGCUUUGCCCAAUCAAGUGCUGGAGAUAGCUGAUCUGCAUCUCUUAAAAGAACAAAGUGAAGAACAAGAGCAUGAUCAAGAAAUAGAAGAAGAAAUAGCAUUCAAUCAUAUCAAAGAACAAGAGCAUGAUCAAGAAAUAGAAGAAGAAAUAGCAUUCAAUCAUAUCAACAGUUGUGAAGUCAAAAGAGGUAAUGUCUUCAGGUGCUUGGUUUCCAUGUUUGGUAUUGGAGUAGCAUGUUCUGUUGAAUCCCCAAGAGAACGGAUGCAGAUGAAAGAUGUAGUCAAUAAAAUGCAAGGGAUAAGGGAUAUUGUCCUUGGGGCUGGGAUCUAUCAGGAAUGGAUGAAACAAGAACCUUUGCUGAUGCGGGGCCCAUCCGUCUAACAUCAAUGUGGGCGUCAUCAGAUCAUGUCCACUGGCAAUUUGCAAAUCUCAUUUAAAUUGGAUGGCUGAAAACCACUUGUUGAGCAUGUAAUUGUAAUUAAAUUGGACAUUACGGUUGUAGCCUUUUAUGGUAGCUGUCUGAGUUCAAGGUCAUGUCUGGGCUCAAUCUAUGUGCAAGUAUUACUCUUUGUUACACAGGAAUGAUUGUGUUAUAAUA